AUGGCCGACUUAUCUUCUGUUUUCAAACAGGCCUUCUUCCCUGGAAAGCCAACUUUUACAGAGAAAGAUGUCCCGGAUUUAACCAAUAAGGUCACCAUCGUCACAGGAUCUAACACUGGCAUCGGCAAGGAGAUCGCUCGAAUUCUCUACUCCAAGAAUGCCAAGGUUUACUUAAUGGCACGAUCUGAAGAGAAGACGAAUAAUGCCAUCGACAGCAUUAAGGCCGCUACUCCCGGGUCCAGAGGCGAAUUGACAUAUAUUCGCCUCGACCUAGCUGACCUCCCAAGCAUCAAGACGACGGUUGAGGAGUUCCUUAGCAGAGAGCAAAAACUUGACAUCCUUUUCAACAACGCUGGUGUCGCAUACCCUGAGAAGGGAUCCAAGACGAAGCAGGGCUACGAACUCCAGCUUGGCGUGAACUGUCUCGGCACAUUUGCCUUGACACAACUCUUGACGCCGAUCCUAGUAUCCACAGCGAAGACAUCGCCCCCCAACAGCGUUCGCGCAAUCUGGCUAUCGUCCUCAGCCGCGCUGAGUAUAGAUCCCAAGGUCUUCUUAAAGGGCGUGUAUAACAUCGAGAAGCAAGGAGAGAUGGACAAGUACUUCAUCAGCAAGCUUGGGAACUACCUUCACGCUGCCGAGUACGCAAAACGCCAUCAAGCAGAUGGUGUGCUAACCGCCUCGUUGAAUCCCGGAAAUCUCGACUCGGACUUGUGGCGCACUCAGGGGCCUAUCACAACUUUCUUCCUCCGGAAGAUGGUUUUCUACCCGGUUGUUUAUGGCGCGUACACGGCUCUUUAUGCUGGGCUCUCGCCUCAUAUUACCUCUGACAACUCUGGCGCCUUCGUUGCCCCAUGGGGAAGGAUCUGGAAUAUCUCGAAAGGGAUGUCUAACGCAUCGAAGAGAAAGUCCGAAGGCGGUAGUGGAAUCGGGGAGGAAUUCUGGCAGUGGAGUGAAGAGCAGAUUAAGAAGUAUCUCUGA